AUGAAUGGCGCCCGUGGCGGGAAGUCCCAUCGUGGACGCGGCCAUAAGAGGAAUCAUGGCAACUCAGUCAACCAUGCCCUACCACAGACGUUGCCGUACACAGGAGGCGUAAUAUCACCACAAGAUGCCCAUGCACCUGUUUACUCUUCUAACCUUGCCAAAGAGGAGGUCUCUACUCAAUACCUUGACAAGCAAGGCCCCGGCUUGAUGAACACUUUGAAUGGCGGAGCAAGCUGGGAUGAAUAUCAUGGGCAUGGAUAUACUGCCUCCCAAGAUGAGCUUUCGUUUGGACAUGCCACCAGCAGUAAUGUACAUAUGCAAACCACUCAGAAGCAGCGUGUACCACAUUCGGCCAGUCCCCAAGGGCUUGGACAACAGAUAAUUUCUGGUCUUCUUACUGCCAUGCCGUUCGUGAUGUCCUAUCUCCUUGCAGGGCCCAUCCGCUUGGGCACUGCCAAAUCCGAAACCCAGAGUACGAAGACGUCGCAUUCUCUUCGAUCUGCUGGCAUCCCGCUAGUAGUAUCCUGUGCAUAUGUAUCUGUUGCUCUACUAGUACAUGGUAUAUACGAGAAGAUACGCCAGGGGCGUGUGAAUGGAAAUGCUGGACCUACGGAUGGGUUUCAGUCGAAUCGCUCGAGUCUUUACGACGGGAUGAGAACCGCAAUAUGGAUGAUCCUGCCCCUUUAUGCUUCUUUCAUGAUCGGAUUUGAUGUCGUAAUUGCCGUGUUGCUAUUGAACAUUUUCACGGAUUCGAGGACUGGCUCUAGUGGGAAUACGUUGACUAGAACAAUACGGACUCUUAAACGCAGGAAGGUAUCGGUAUUGUUUAUUGUCGCCAUUGCUGUCUUGGAUAUGGCCUAUAUAUCCUCUUCUCAACCUCUAGAGGUAUUCAAAGGGUACACGGCCAUUGCUGCUACUAUAUUGCUUCCGUCCCCCGGUUCUCUCUUGACACUCACCGAUACCGCUGUGGAUGAAAAGUUCGCUUCAAGGAAGGAUAAUAUCGACGAUACAGCUACUGUGAACCUCGUUAUCGGCACAGUGCUUGGGGCGUUGAUCUUAUUUGUUGUCUUGUUCUCGGGUGGUUUCAGUGCAGUAUCUCUAUCAUUCCUUCCUAUCUUUGUUGUUGGGUUAUUCACAGCAACAUCCCAAUUGAUAUACGGUAUUGAUGCUACUGGCAGGCCGAGUCUGCCUACCAUUGCGUCAGGCGCCAUUGUUGUCAUCAUAGCUACGUUUGUAACAUCUCAAACACAUAUUAUACCCUUACAAGCUACUAGGUUUGGGCUCGCUUGUCUCGCAUCCUUCGCCGACAGCAAGAUGGUACAUAACGACAAUCACUCGCAGGCAAAGAUGGAAAAGAAACCCUCUCGAAUGACUAUAUGGCUUUUAGGGGCGUGCGAACAGUGGCCUUUUAUACACGCUAUCCUGAAGGAAAGGGAUUCACGCCGUAUUUUCUAUUUUAUGAACCUGAACCUAACGUUUAUGGUGGUCCAGUUGACCUAUGGUGUCGUCACGGGCUCUCUAGGACUGCUGAGCGACAGUAUUCACAUGUUGUUCGACUGUUUUGCUCUCGCUGUUGGCCUAGCGGCCGCUGUCAUGAGCAAGUGGCCGCCGAGCUCUCGUUUUCCAUAUGGCUACGGCAAAAUUGAUACGCUUGCAGGUUUUGGAAACGGUGUGUUUCUGAUGUAA